AUGCCUUGCCUGUCUCAGCUGAAGCCUUCAGCCCUGCUCUUGGCUCUGUUCCUCCCCUCGCUGCUGGCAACAGUGGAUGACUACUUGGGCCCACCCAGAAUUGGGACAGCCUCUGCAGAUGGUGGCAAUCAUAGCACUAAGUGUCAGGAGACCACCGAGUGCCAGGAAGGUGUGAUCUUACCGGUGUGGCUCCCCCAGAAUCCUUCUGUAGGGGAUAAGGUGGCCCGGGCCAUUGUUUACUUUGUGGCCCUAAUCUACAUGUUCCUGGGCAUGUCUAUCGUUGCCGACCGCUUCAUGGCCUCCAUCGAAGUGAUCACUUCGCAGGAAAAGGAGAUCACCAUUAAGAAACCCAACGGGGAGACCACGACUACCACCAUCCGCAUCUGGAACGAGACUGUCUCCAACCUAACCCUAAUGGCGCUAGGGUCCUCUGCCCCCGAGAUCCUCCUUUCUAUCAUUGAGAUUGUGGGUCACGGCUUUCAUGCAGGUGACAUGGGACCCAGCACCAUCGUUGGCAGCGCUGCCUUCAACAUGUUCAUCAUCAUCGCCGUCUGCAUCCACGUGGUCCCUCAAGGGGAGAUACGGCGCAUCAAACAUCUGCGGGUUUUCUUUGUCACAGCUGCGUGGAGCAUCUUUGCUUACAUCUGGUUGUACCUCAUCUUGGCCUGGUUCUCUCCCGGCGUGGUGGAACUAUGGGAAGGUCUCCUCACCUUUCUCUUUUUCCCAAUCUGUGUGGUUCAGGCUUGGGUGGCUGACAGGAGACUCCUCUUCUACAAGUAUGUCCAGAAAAAAUACCGCGCCGAUAAGUCGCGGGGUCUCAUCAUAGAGAGCGAGGGCGAAGCCGGCUAUCCCAAAAUGGACAUAGAGAUGGAUAACUCGCUAAAGGAAGGGUCUGAAGGUCUGGUGGACGCGAGCAAGGACCAAGAUGAAGAAGCCCGCAGGGACAUGGCUCGCACGUUGCGGGACCUCAAACAAAAGCACCCAGAAAAAGACAUGGAACAACUGAUCGAAAUGGCCAAUUAUCAUGUACUUGUCCAGCAGCAGAAAAGCAGAGCUUUCUACCGCAUCCAGGCCACCCGUAUGAUGAUCGGAGCGGGAAACAUCCUCAAGAAGCAUGCGGCCGAUCAGGCCCGCAAAGCGAUAAGCAUGCAAGAAGUGCGGACAGAGGAAGACGAGUCGGUGACCAAAGUGGGUUUCGAGCCAGGUCACUAUCAGUGCUUCGAGAACUGUGGCUCUGUCGUGCUGACCGUGGUCCGCCGAGGAGGGGACCUGGCCUGCGUCACUGUGCGAGUGGACUUCCGCACGGAGGACGGGACGGCUAACGCUGGUUCGGACUACGAAUUUGCAGAGGGUACCUUGCUCUUUAAGCCGGGGGAGACACACAAGGAAGUGCGGGUUGGGAUCAUCGAUGAUGAUAUUUUCGAAGAGGACGAGUACUUUUAUGUCCACCUCAGCAAUGUCCGGGCAGCCUGGGCUGAGCCGGGUCCUGAGCCUCCCCCCAAAGCUUGUCUUGGCCCCUCCAAGAUGGCCACCGUGACGAUCUUUGAUGACGACCACGCCGGCAUCUUUACCUUUGAGGGGCCCUCCAUGCGGGUGAGCGAAAGUGUCGGCGUCGUGCACAUCAAAGUGUUGAGGACCUCAGGGGCCCGCGGGCGAGUGGCCAUCCCCUUCCAUACCAUCGAGGGCACUGCUAAAGCCGGGGAGGACUACGAGGAAGUCGCUGGCAAGGUGGAAUUCCAGAACGAUGAGACGGUAAGAUACAUUGAGAUUAAAAUUAUCGAUGAUGAGGAGUAUGAAAAAAAUAAGAACUUUCAGCUGGAGUUGGGGCCACCGGUCAUCUUGGACAUAGGACCACGGCACGGUGACUCCAAUGAGAAUCAAUUGCCCGAAGGAGAAGAAGAAAAGGUGGCCAAGAUGGGGUACCCCAGCUUGGGAGACAACCCCAAACUUGAGGUCAUCAUUGAGGAAUCAUACGAGUUCAAGAGCACUGUGGACAAAUUAAUCAAGAAAACCAACUUGGCUCUCGUGGUGGGAAGCAGCAGCUGGCGAGAGCAGUUUGUAAGCGCCGUCACUGUCAGUGCUGGUGACGAUGAGGACGACGACUCUGGCGAGGACCGUCUACCCUCCUGCUUCGACUACAUCAUGCAUUUCCUCACGGUCUUCUGGAAAGUCCUGUUUGCGUUCGUGCCGCCCACCGAAUACUGGUGUGGGUGGGCCUGCUUCCUCGUCUCUAUCUGCCUCAUCGGCGUGCUCACCGCCCUCACCGGGGACUUGGCCUCUCACUUCGGUUGCACCAUCGGCCUCAAAGACUCGGUCACGGCGGUGGUCUUCGUGGCGCUGGGCACCUCCGUGCCCGAUACGUUUGCCAGCAAAGUUGCCGCCAUCCAAGACCAGCACGCCGACGCCUCCAUCGGCAACGUGACGGGCAGCAACGCGGUCAACGUCUUCCUGGGCAUCGGAGUGGCCUGGACCAUUGCCGCCAGCUACUGGGCCAGCCAGGGGCAACCGUUCCGCGUGCAGCCUGGCACGCUGGCUUUCUCCGUCACCCUGUUUACCAUCUUUGCCUUCGUCAGCAUCGCCGUGCUGUUGUACCGCCGCCGGCCUCCGGUGGGGGGCGAACUGGGUGGGCCCCGAACCCCUAAAAUUCUGGCCACCCUGCUUUUUAUCAGCCUCUGGCUGAUCUACAUUCUCUUAGCGGCCUUAGAAGCGUAUUGCCACAUUCAAGGCUUCUGA